GCGGAGCACAGCGGAGCACAGCGGAGGCCCGCGCCCGCGCCGUCGAGUGCGUCGUCGCCCGCCAGCGCCCCUCUGCACCCCCCCGCGCGCGUGUGUGUGAGUGUUGGUGCGUGUGUCAUCAUGUGACGUGUGACGGUCGUCACGAUGUGACAGUGUGGCGAGGACGUGAUCGCGGGGCGGACGAGGAUGAGGUUGGUGCUGGUGGCGUGAGGAGCACACCCCCCGAGUGCGAGUACACGCUGCGGGCGCGGACCCGCGCUGCACCUCGAGCCGCCCGACCGUCUCCGACCAGCUGGCCUCGGCGCGCCCCUCAGGCUCAGGCAUUUCUACUUCAACUGGGCUAGUUUACAAGAGACAGAUGGGAUAGCUGUCAAAAUGUACUCAUUGUAGCGAUGGACUGGUGAAUAUUCGCAGACAUUUUAUUUAGUUUACUCAAUUAAAAUACUUCCAAGUAUAUUUUUCUUGAGAUUUAUACAAGUAUCUUAGAGUCCAUGACACGGAUGAAGAGAUUAGCAUGGAGAACGGGCCAGGAAAAGGCGCUGCCGGCCAGAAGACAAUGGCAUCAGCCCGCCAAUCAGUGCCAGAUUCUGAACUGUCCCAGGAGAGUGCCUCUAGUUCUUCUACAGAGAAUGUCAUCUGGAGUGAAAAGCGUUUGUUCAAGCAGCCUGGUUGGACUGAGUGGCAAUAUCCAGUUCUCUUCUCGUUUGGAGUCAUUGCUGUGGGUUUUGUGAUGCUCCUCUGGUUUAAAAGCCAAAUGUUACUCUCAAAGAAGAAAAAGGACUGUGAGGAGCUAGAGUCAAUGACUGAAGCUCAGGAUAUUGUGUCUCAGACGACCAAUACAACAGUCACAGCUGUAGUCUCUGAAGAGGUCACUUCCAGCCACUGUUGGAAACUUCAGUCAACAUCUUCAGCUGUGCAGGAAACAUGUGUUGCCGAAGCUCAGUUGCCAGAGGCACUACGGCAGAGUGCUGUAGUGGCUGGUCCCAGCACCUCCUCAUGUGGAGCUGGAAAUCGGUUUGCUUCUGAAAUUCGUCCUGAACCUAUUCGCAUUAAAGCUAAAGGUUUAUUAGAAAGGAGAGGCUCAAGUGCUUCCCUAACAAUUGACCUUCAUCCAAGCCAGGAAAAUAUCUCUACUCUCUGUGGUCCGACAAGGGAAUGCAGUACAGAUGAGUAUCUUUUAUCUGCUGGCAACAUGCUUAGUCGCCAACAGCUGCGAAAGUGCUUAGAGGAUGUUCACUCGCUUCAUAGAGAGUUCUGGGAAAUUCCCUCUAAUCAUAGUGAACAUGUGGGUGUUGCUGGAGCUGGUUUUAAGAAUAGGUAUAAAACCAUUCUUCCUAAUGAACGCACCCGUGUUCAAAUAUCCCCUCCAAAUUCUGGAAUGACACCUGGCUCAGCUGAGGACCAGUUAGCUUGUUACAUUAAUGCCAACUAUAUAAGGGGCUAUGACGGUGAGGACAAAGCUUACAUAGCCACUCAAGGACCUCUUCCUAAUACUAUUAUAGACUUCUGGUUAAUGGUGUGGGGUGAAGGAGUGUCAGUGAUAGUCAUGAUAACAAGAUUUGUUGAGACGUGUAAAUGCAAGUGUGAGCCGUACAUCCCAAUGAAUCCUCAACAAGAGGAUGGAGAGUCUCCUCCUGAUUCGCCCUCUAUGAGUCAAUCACUAGGUGGACCAGGCUCGAUUGGGAAGUAUGGUGAUAUUACUGUUUCAGUGGAGAAGGUUUUGCCAAGAGAUGGUUAUGUUGUUAGAGAGUUGAGGGUCCAGAGAGGUGAUGAAACGCGGUUGAUCCAACACUACUGGUAUGACACAUGGCCAGACCAUAAGACUCCUGAUACUGCCAGGAGUAUUGUUGAACUUGUUCGGGAAGUUGAAGCAUACCGCCAAAAGUCUCUAUCAGAACUCCGAAAACAGUAUGGUGACAAUGUACCCCGAAAAGCUCCUGUGAUUGUCCAUUGCAGUGCAGGGAUUGGAAGAACUGGUUGUUUUUUAGCUGUUGCCAUAGGUACUAUCCAGCUUGCGGAAGAGAACAAUGUUGAUGUGCUAGGUAUUGUGUGCAGACUUCGACAUGACAGAGGAGGCAUGGUGCAGACAGCUGAGCAGUAUGAGUUUAUACAUAGAGCAUUAUGCGAGUUUGAAAAGACUUUGCCCAACAGAUCAGGAGAAAUCUUUGGCAAAUGUCCAAACAAGUUGUCAUGAAAAUACAGUGCCAUAUGUCAUUGCCUUUAGUGUCAAAGGUGGAGCAUAGUUAUGAACUGAGACGAAAUCUUCUCAGCUACUCUUCACACAAUGUUUCCUACAAUUUUAUUUUAUCCCUCGAAUUGAAGAUAUUAUAAGGAAGUAAUGAAAUGCUUUGUGAUAACAAUAAUUUCCUUGGACAUACAUUUGGUCGCAUAUUAUUAUAUUAUUGAUUUCAUGCAUGGUUUUGUAUCACAAGUUUCUAAUUUUUUUAAAUUGGGUGUGGAUGGGGGAUGCAUAAAUCAUGAAUUAAUUCCUCAUAUCACUGGAUUUUAUAUAAUGUACUGCAAGUGUUAGUUGGUCAGUAGUGCAUUUUUUCCAACUCUGCUUUGACUUCAUGCUAUUGAUAUUAUGUCAUCUUAUAUUUCAAUCAGAAUGUUCAAUGUCUUUUUAUAAAGAAAUACAAUUUUAUCCAUUCUUAAAAAUGAUAAAUGUAAAAUGUGACAUCAUGAGUAUGUGAGGUUGCAGAAUGGUAUAAAAUUAGGUUUUCUUCAAUUUUGAGCUCAAGGAGACAAAGUGUGCUCAUAAGAGCACACUUAAAUAGACUGGAUUUAAAACAGAAGAAAUGAGUGUUCAGGAAAUGAAUGGUAGGUUAUUCAAUUGUUGGGGCGGUUAAGCUUCUGUAUGCCAUUUAUGAAAGUGAUAUAUAAUUUUGAAUGUUAGUAAUGCGUAUGUGUUGUAUCACAUGGCAGCUACGGUGUAGAACUGAUGCAAUUGGUGUGAUGAAUUACAGAUUUUUACCUUUUAUAAUCUCAAGUAAAAAUACAGAACAGAUUGUGAUUUGUUAUGAAUUGUUUUAUUUCUCUGCAUGGAUGUGUGUAGAAUUUAAGAUAUUUUGUUAAGAUGUGUGAUCACUGAUAGCUUCAGUAAGUACUGCUCUCAACUCAGCUUAUGCAUUGUUUUUAGCAUGGUGUGAGUUUGUUCAAGUUUUUGAAAUUAAAUGUUUUCUAGAUGUUGUGCAUUAUGGAAUUUAUUUAAGACAUCUAUAUGUUUGAAGAUAUCAUGUUGGUAUUAAUUGUUUUUAGAAGGUGUGCUUAAUGUGUUCAAUAGGUAACCUAUGGAUAGUGUUCGGAUAUAUGAAUGAGUUGAGAACAAAUUUGCUGUUGCUGUCAACGUCGAGUAGAUGACAAUAAUAUAUCUGUAGACCUGGGCCCGUUCCUCAUACAUGUUGACAGCAGAACCUAGAUGCUGAAACUUUCACAGAUCUUCGGAGAUCAAGUGGUGCUCAUUUAGAAUAGUUGUGUAUAUAUCAAAGGGAAUCAAGUUUUAACUUUUGUUAGGAUUUCAUAGUUUGGAGAAUGAGAAUGAAAAUAAUGCCAUAAAUGAUAACUUCUAUAUUUAAUUGCUGCUAUAAAUUCUGUGUUUUACAUAUUUUUGCUAGUUUAAAAUAGUCUUUUCUCAACAAUUUCAAGUGUGUUUCCUAAACUCUUAACAAAAUUUGUUGGAUAGUUUUCACACAAUUCAAAUGCUUGCUGUUUCAAAUACAAGUGCAUAAAAGCUUAAGUGUCUAAUAAUUGUUUUAACAAAAGUAGAGUUUCAUAGAGGAAAAUUGCUGUGGUUUAGUCAGUAUUUAUGUGCUACCUGUAAUAGUUGGAUCCAACCACUGUCCAUGGGAUCAACUCUUUCUUUCUGAUGGAAAUUUUGAAGCCUUUGAAUACUACGCACAUUUCCAUAUUCCCACCUUUCUCUGAAGCAGGCUCAAAGUAAUUCUUCUCUUAAAAUUACUACAAUAUAUUCCAUGUAAUAGAUUGUUACUGAUUAUAAGAAUUUCCUGAUUGUAAAGUCGCACAAGUUGUUAAUUUUUAAAUUAUCUGAAAUCUCUUGAUUAUUGUCAAGGCUUAUACCUCAUUCAUAUCUGAACUCUGAGAUUCCCAAUCAGUUUACUUGCUGUUGUAUUUUAAUGUGUAUUCUUUCACCCUAGACUGUAUGUUUCAGGAAGCCAUGUCCUUUGUUAAGUUAAGGUCAGUGCCGGAAACCCAGAGUUAACAUUUCCUGUUGCAUUUUAAGUGUUCGACUUUCUGCUUUUCUUAAAUUUUCUUACAUUCUUAUUGUUUUGGUCGUUGUCCUUUUUUUAAUCAAUAUAUAUUGUUCAGUAUAUUUCUUUAUAUAAAUGAAUUACCUGUUAUGUCUUAUGUGUUUUUUUCUGAUAGUACAAACAUAUUUUAUCAAAAUAAUGUAUUUUAAGGGUAGGUCAUGUUUCAUUAGAGAUUGAUGCCAGACUGUGCCAUGUUUUGCACCCAAUCCUAUUAGGUACUCAUAAGUUACUAAAGGCUCUGUCCUUGACAGUUUGCCAUGUAGCAGAACAUAACAUAUUUUUAAUGUUACAAGUAUAUGUGCUCAUGUAUAAAGUUACAACUGUCUUGGAUUUAUGUUUAACCCAAGUAUGAAACAUACAUGGGUCCAUGUAUUUCUUUGUAAUGUGAUGUAGGCUAACAAUGUAAAAAUCAAUUGUAUCUGUUUAUUCCUGUCAUGAACACUUUCAUGCUUUCGUGAUAUUUUGAAGUUUUUCCAUUUCAGUUCCAUUCCCAGUCCACCCUUAGUCUGUGAUUUUCUUGAACACAAUAGCUGCAUUGUUUGCUUUAGGAAGUAUUAUUCUAUUUGUUCUUAAGCUGUUAGAAUCAAAACCACCUCUUGUACUUGGCAGUUACAUUCAUGUCAAAUUCCUAUUAUUGAAUCCUGUCCUACAGGAUCCUCCCAAAUCCUCCAAAAUUAUUCUCAUUAAACGUCCUAUAGCUUUUUAAAAUGACAGCAACACACAAAUACUCACCCAACAAGCAGAGAUUUGUCAAGAAUUUGUUUACAGUACACUGACAUCUUUGCUGAUAAGUCACAGUAAACGAUAAGUCAUAUCUGUCAGAUAGGGCGGAUGCCAAAUAGUUGAAUUUGAUGUCAUUUUGAGGUGAGAGUGAUGCAAUAGUGACCGAAUACAUGUUAUGUCUAGUUGAUAUUAGAAGUAUUCUGUCACUGUUUUAUCAAUUUGAUUUCAAAAUGACAACACAUUUGACGAUUUGAAAUACUUGAGUGACAACAUAUUAAGGGUAAUUUACUUAACAGUAACUCUGGGUAAAUCUCCCUCUGCUGAGUAUUCUCUUAAUGGAUUAUCAUUAGUUGCAAACAGAAAUAUUGUGCAUUUAAUAUCUGAGGUACGUGAUGGGUAAUUGAUGUUUAACAAAUCAAGGAACUGCAGUCAAGCAUUUUGUGUCUCAAGACAGAUUGACAAUAUGUAUAUUCUGGGUAUCAUCUCUUCUGCCAAACAUGACCUUUGUAUCAUAGCAAACAAUCAAACUGGAUAUUAAAUUUCUGUACAUAAACUGUAAUUGUAGGAAAAGAUGAGUUUAGCAUUAUUUUUUACUUUGUAAAUAGAGAGAUAUUGAAUGUUACAUAUAAUUUGUAUAUACUUCUAUUUGUGGCAUAAUUAAAUGACAUCCUUACA